UCUCUCUCUCUCUCUCUCUCAAUGUGAAGUAAAAUCUCCGUCCCCACCUCCCCAGCCCCAACCACUCCCACCACUUCCAGCCUCAACCGCGUCCGCGUCUCUUAAAUAUCACCCAAGCGUGGGCCUCAAGGUCCAUUAACCCCACCCCUUUCGCUCUCCUUACUCCACCCCAGAUACUCAACUCUCUCUCUCUCUCUCUCCCUUCUGCAAAUGCCGACACAAUCAACGCACCGACGAUGAGCAAUGGGUAAGGCAUCAAGAUGGUUCAGGGCAAUCUUCGGCGGCGGCGGCGGCGGCAAAAAGGCGUCGGAUUCGUCGUCGUCGUCACCGGCGAAGGAAAAGAAGAAGUGGGGUUUCGCCAGAGGCCACUCUUACGCCGAGUCGUCUUCGGCCGGGUAUGGGGAUGCAAUUGACGCCAACAAGCAUGCGAUAGCGGUGGCGGCGGCGACCGCCGCGGUGGCCGAGGCGGCUCUCGCUGCGGCGCACGCGGCUGCGGAGGUUGUCAGGCUGACCAGUGGGGGAUCCGGGAGUAGCAGUAGGCCCAAUACGGCGGCGUAUGAUAGAGGGCGGCGGGAAUUGGCGGCUGUGACGAUUCAGUCGGCGUUUCGAGCCUAUCUGGCUAGGAGGGCGUUGAGGGCACUUAAGGGAUUGGUGAGGCUUCAAGCAUUGGUGAGAGGGCAUAUUGUGAGAAAGCAAAGUGCAGAUAUGCUCCGACGCAUGCAGGCAAUGGCCAGAAUCCAGGCCCGGGCCUGUUCAAAUCGGGCUCAUGUGUCAGAGUCUUCACAAUCUAGCAGCAAGUCCUCCAACUCUUGCCACCCUGACCUUGCGACUCCCAAAAAGUAUGGUAAGCAAUUUCGUGCGUAUAGUACAAAAUCUGACUGGUCCCCAAUGCAGAAGGUUGAAAACCGUGAAUUUGCUUCCAGAAACCAGAGCUCUCAAUCAUAUAUGAAGAUCAAGGGCAAUAUUGACCUAGAAAGGAUUCACAUAGGUUCAAACUGGCUAGACCGAUGGAUGGAAGAACAUCCAUGGAACAGCCAGGGAGACGCAUCACAAAAAUCCGGGCGAGCCGAGGACGAGAGGAGUGACAAGAUCCUUGAAGUAGAUACUUGGAAGCCUCACCCAAUCUCCAAACAAGGCAACAAAGUCUUUGGGGCACCAUUUGACCCUCUACCAAGACACCCAACAAAACCCCAGAAGCAAAAUCCAAGUACAUCUUCCGGCGAACUCUCAUCGUUAACAUCCCUAAAAUUUCCUACAGAAGUAGAUCAGGGAGCCUUAUGGGCUAGAGAAAACAGCCCGCAAAUGUACUCGGCAUCGUCUAGACUGGGAAGCAGUGGCAGAAGAGGUUCCUUCACGCCCGCGAGGAGUGGGUGUUCAAAAAGCUUAUUUGGAGACUAUAUGGGUUACCCUAACUACAUGGCUAACACGGAAUCGUCCUGGGCAAAGGUUAGAUCCCAGAGUGCUCCCAGGCAGCGAAUUAUGCAAGUUGAGAAGCCGGGUUCAUUAAAGAGGUUUGUUCGUGGGUAUUGGGAUGGAGAUAGUAUUUCAGAAAGGGGUUUGGAUAUGUGUGAAGACUUCGGUACCAAUGCAUAUCCAGGCCCUGAGAUGCCAAUGCGAGGAAACAGCACCACCGGGUAUAAAUCCAGUUAUGGUGGUAGAUGAUAGAUAGCAGUAACAGCACCCACACACACGUGGGUCACCGUUCGGAACGGUUUCACUUUUUCUUGAAAUCUUCAAGUCUGUAUGGGGUUCCAUGCUUGAGCCGUGCUUCUCCUUUGUUCUUUGGUGGUUUUGAUGAAGUCCAGCCAUGAUUUUUCAAAGAUUUCUCCGUAUCUGUCUAACUUGACGCCAUCAGUGUACACUUGGAUCCUCUUGGCAAAGAUCGUGAUAGCAACGUUUCCGCUUCCACAUUAUAAAACGCUGAUGUUGGUGUGUGUGCUCUCAUCUUCUUCUAUGUAUUGGCUUGUAAGUGUUUGCUUGUAAGAAUUUUAAUGACAAUAUGUGCAGAUCAUAGAAAGACCAGGAGGCUGUGUUUUGAAGCUUUUUUUUUUUAUUGCAACCACCUGUAUUUGAGUAUUUGACUCUCUUUUGUUUAAUCUGUUCGACAGAUCAUGAGGCUGAGCCUCAAACUUUCCAUGUA